AUGGACAAAGUAGACACUGAAAAUUUAGACGUCAAUAUGAUACAUGUAAAAAACGAACCACUCGAUAUUAAUAUUGAUAAAGAAACGGAGAGUUCUAUUCCAAAAAUUAUUAUUAAACGGUCACGAAAAUCUUCGAAACCAUCUAAAAACUUGUCCGAUUUAAUUUACCAACGUAAAGGACUCAUACCACCCGAACACGUGAAAUCCAUAGCUAUUUUAACGUCGUCUGAUAUUGUUGAUCAACAAGAAGAAAUAGAUACCUAUGAAACUCUUGACGAUUACGAUCGAAUAUCACUAGAAGCGAAAAUAAUGCAACAAUCUUUACGUCAAAUAAAGUCGAGAACAAAAAAUGUUCAUCUUAAGUCUUCAAAAUAUUCCACGUCAACAUCACUCAUUGACGAUGAAUCAACAAAUGAAGUGGUCAGUGAUACUGAACCAGACUACAGCGAUAGAAAUGGAGAUAAUGAUGGACUUGAUGAGCAUCAAUCAAAUUAUAAACAUAUAAACAACAAUUCGAAACGCCCACGUCUUAGCUAUGAAAAACGUCUUGAAGCUAAUGCUAGAGAACGUGAACGUGUUCAUAAUUUAACGCAUGCAUUUGAAUCAUUACGUCAAGUUAUUCCGAUGUAUCCAGAUCAACCGAAACUGAGCAGAUUGAGUAUACUACGUAUUGCAUGUAAACGAUUUACAUUUUUUCAAACAGUUACAAUGAGUUCAAAAUCUGACAGUGGUCGAUCAGCGGUACAACAGUCUUCUAAAGAAACGUUGGUUGGACGUAGUAGUCAUGCAAGUGGCAGUAAUGAUAAAACAAAAAAAACUAGUGAAUCAUCUUCAUCCACAUCUUUAAAAACAAAAUCGGAUGAUGAAACUCAUAGAAAGAAAACAAAUGAAAAAUCAUCGAUUCAAAAGAAGGGUGCAGCAUCAUCAUCAGACAAUGUACAAACAAGAUCUAAAGAUAACGAAGGCAAAGUAAAAAAACGAAAGAAAAAACAUAAGUCAUCUUCGUCGACAAACAAAGAUAAGGAUGACGAGCAAAAGCGUUCACAUCGUCAUCGCUCUGAAACAAAAACAACAACAAUCACAACAAGUAUACCUCUAUCGAAGCAAAUGAAUGUUCUAAAGCAAAAUUCAUUAACAUUUUCACGUGAUCGUCAACAAACUAUGGAUUUAUGCGACGAUAUUGAAUCAUCGACUUUAACUACAUCAUCUGGGGCACAAAAAACAAAUAUUCUUCUGACACACUCACCUCCACCGCUAAUGCCGACAAUAUUACGUAUUGGUUCUAGAAAUGUUCAACGUGGCUCGAUUCCCUCACAUAUUGAACAGUUAGUUCCAUCUGUUAUUCACAAUAGUAAUAAACUAUCGAGUAGUACUUCAGCAACAACAAAUUAUGAACCAAAUUCCAAAAAGUUUCGUGUAGAAGGUCAAGUAUUCAUUGGUCCACAACCACAAUCAACGAUAACGGACGAAGAGAGAAAAUUUGAAGAACAAAUAGCUCUAUUAGAAACAAAUAGUAGUCAUUUGAAAUGGGAUAGUAACACAAGUGGCAGUGAUGAAGAUGAGCACAUUGAGAAAAUAUGUAAAAUGAAUAAUACAGCAACAAUAAGUGGACAUAUUCAGUUCAAAUUUAAUCGUACACAAAAUCCAUUGUUAAAAACUUCGCCGAUAGCGACCAGUCCUACUUCAACAUCGUCUACAACCGAAACAACAACUACAAAAAAAAAAUACUUAAAACUCAAGCCAUUGGAUGUGUUAAAUACCGAUUUAUCAUCAAAAAAAUCCCCUGUACGACAUUCAUCCUCAUCACAGUCAUCAAGAAAUUCUUCAUCUUCAAGAGGCAAAACAAAAAAACGAAAAAAGUCCGUGGAUCAGCAAAAGAGAAAAGUUGAUAAAAAACAUCAUCAUCACGAGACGAAAGAAGAACAUGAGGGAGAAAAUGCUUCCAAAGAAGAUCAACAAGUUGACAAUUCCACGGCGAAAAAAGUAUCAUCAAAUGAAGAAAAAACGAGUGAAAGUCAUGCGCAAAAAUCAACAGUAAAAAGUGAAAAUGGUAACAAACAACAAACAUCUCGUUCUCGCUCAACAUCUUCAACUAAAAAAGGUCGCAGACACCAUCGACGAAACACAAGUCAUUCAAGUACAUCGAGAUCUUCUACAUCCAAUUCAUCAAAAUCAUCAACAACAUCUCGUUCUUCAUCAUACCAUCGUCGACGAUCGUCACGUUCCAGCUCAUCGUCAAGAUCUCGUUCAAGAAGAACACGUUCAUCAUCAUCCAAUGAUUCAUCACGUUCACGUAGAAAUCGAAAGCGAUCGAAUCGACACAGUUCCCACAGCUCGAGAUCUACUCGAUCAACGUAUUCUCGGCGCUCGACAAGAUCAAGAACAUCAACAACUUCUUCCACUAGUCGUUCGAGAUCACGUUCGAGAUCACGCAAGAAAUCUGGAGGAAAUAAUAAUAGACGCAAAGCUGGUGGACGGGAUAGUGGAAAUACAAGACAAGAACGAGGUCGAGGUGCUGCGAAUAUAAGAGAUCGAAAUCGUUCAAAUUCGAAAGAUUCAAGAUUGAAUACACGACGUUCUACACCUGUCCGAAAUGAAAAAUACAAUAUGAACUUGGGCAGUAAUAUAAAUAAAAUUCCAAUUAAAAAGAAUCCUAUUAUAAAAAUGGAAAAACAGAACAGUAUAUUAUCAACAACAAACAUAACCACGGACACAAGUAAAACAACUACCGAUGCUCUUAUUGGUGUGACAAACGAUACACCAAUAUUGAAUCCUGACAAUGACACAGUUACAAUAAAACAAGAACCAAUAAUCCUCACAAUGCCCAGCAAUCAAAAGCAAUGGGCUGGAAAGAAAGCAAAAAAUACAGCGAAAAAACAAAGUGCUUUAUCUGCUAUUGGAAAUGGAAAUAAAAAUCAAACACAGCAAUCGGCAGACAUUGAACCUAUGAUUGGUCCUCAAUUACCGCCAGAACUAGAGAGAAAACUGAAUAAAGAUCGUCAAUUUACGCCACCUGAUAUGGAUGAUUUAGAAAAUUUAGAAGUUUUUAAAGAUUUAAAAUAUCGUGCUGAAAUUCAUGCGGCUAAAAAUCAUGGUGAAAUAACUGAAGAUCAAGCGCAGCAGUUAAUUCAACAACUUGAAAAUCAAAAAGCAUUUGGUUCAACGGUAGAGAUGUAUAGGCUGCAAACCCAGUCACCACAACAACACUCUCCUCUCUCUGCGUUAGCACUUGGUUCUAGUCCAACAGUGUCUAUGUUUCAAAUUCCAUUACACACGGAUACAAUCCCAUCAUCCGGUUCUUCAAUUAUGUUUGAGCAACAAUCAUCACCAAGUAAUACACCAUCUUCCAUGAUUACACUAUCAUCGUCUAAUGAUGCCAAUGUGGCAAACACAAAUAAUAUCAGUUAUAAUCAGCCAACAACAACAACAGUUUAUACACAAGACGGACAAGCAGUCAUAAUUCCUACAUCAAUGAAUCAUCAUCAAAUGCAAAUAGGAGGACAAACAGUUCUUGUUCAAUCACAGCAACCACAACAUCCGGUAUUAAUGCCAAUGCAAACAAGUACCGCAACUCAUCAACCACGAAUAUUUGCUGUGCGUACUCCACAAGGCACGAUUCAACAUGUUAUCGAAUAUCAGCCUACACAACUUGUACAACAACCACAGUAUAUUCAAAUGAUUCGACCUAAUCUUGUUCAACAGCUUCAAUUACAACAACAGCAACAAUUGCAACAACAACAAAUGUUACAAGCUUCAAUGGCGGCGCAACAGGGUGUAGGUGGACCUAUUUUAUUACAAAAUCAAGCUGGUCAAUUCGUUUUAGCACAUCCAACCCAACAACCAGCCACUCAAGCGAUUCGUUUAGUUCACGUUCCUUAUCUACCAAAAUAA